UUGUUAAUACUACCUUUUAUAAAAAAGUGUUCAUAUCCCCAUUAUCCUUAUCUUGUUCAAUUCAGGAAGUGUCCGAAAUUAAUUAUUCGGGUAGUGUAAACAGUUCCGGAUGUGUAGUGUUAAAUUCAGUGGCCGUUAUAAUUGUGGAUGAUACUGGCGUGUACACCCCCAGUAUAGAAGAACGGCGGAAAACACAAAAGGUUGGCCGCAGCGCAGGAAGCGGCGGCUCAGGCGGUACAGCAGCAGCAGGCGGGGGCGGGCGCAGCUGAUAGAAUGGGGGGCGCCAGCGCGGCAGGAGGACAGGGGCCAUCCUCGUUGUUCCUGUUCUCCGAGGAGAACCCCAUCCGUAGAUACACGCGCUUCAUCAUCGAGUGGCCUCCGUUCGAAUAUGCCGUGCUUUUGACAAUCAUAGCCAACUGUAUUGUGCUGGCGCUGGAGGAGCACCUGCCCAAUCACGACAAGACUUCACUAGCACAAAAACUAGAGAAAACUGAAGUUUACUUUCUAGGAAUCUUUUGUGUUGAAGCUUCUCUAAAAAUUUUAGCCUUAGGUUUUGUUUUACAUAGAGGAUCAUAUCUUAGAAACAUUUGGAACAUUAUGGAUUUCUUUGUCGUGUUAACAGGGUUUCUGACGUUGUUCCCUCAGGAGAUCAUAGCAGUGGACCUGCGCACGUUGCGGGCUAUUCGAGUGCUAAGACCUCUCAAGCUAGUCUCUGGCAUCCCUAGCCUGCAGGUCGUGCUGAAGUCCAUAAUAAAGGCCAUGGCCCCGUUGCUGCAAAUUGGACUGUUGGUGCUGUUCGCCAUCGUGAUAUUCGCUAUCAUCGGCUUGGAGUUUUACUCGGGAGCAUUGCAUCGGACGUGCUAUAGCCUUUACGAUAUAGAUGAAAUAGUGAAAGAAGGAGAUGAGGAAGUACCUUGCAAUACGGAUAAUGAAACACAAGCAAAAUCGCAAGGUAGCAACUGGUGUCGAGAUGGUAAUUCCGUGUGCUUGGAAAGAUGGCAAGGACCCAACAACGGCAUCACGUCCUUCGAUAACAUCGGUUUUGCUAUGCUCACGGUAUUCCAAUGCAUCACUAUGGAGGGGUGGACGUCUAUACUCUACUGGAUGAAUGAUGCAGUUGGGAGUUAUUUUAACUGGAUGUAUUUCGUUCCACUUAUCGUUUUGGGUUCUUUUUUCAUGUUAAAUCUUGUUCUUGGUGUCCUCAGCGGCGAAUUUGCGAAAGAAAGAGAAAAAGUAGAAAAUCGGCAAGAAUUUUUAAAGCUAAGAAGGGCAGCACAGCUAGAAAGAGAGUUAAAUGGCUAUGUGCAGUGGAUAUGUAAAGCAGAGGAAGUUAUAUUGGCGGAGGAACGAACAACAGAAGAAGAAAAGCUCCAUAUUAUGGAGGCAAGAAGAAGAGCUGCAAAGAAAAAGAAAUUGAAGAAAAUGGGGAAAAGUAAAAGUACAGACACUGAAGAGGAAGAACAAGAGGAAGACGUGGGAGAUGAUGAGUCUAAGCAAAAGCUAAAAGGUUUUGGAAGGACAUCGUACCUGAAAUCUCGCGUCAAAGGACAAGGAGGAUGUGCACGUUUCUGGCGUGCCGAGAAAAGAUUCCGUUUUUCCAUCAGACACAUGGUCAAAACCCAGUGGUUCUACUGGUCAGUCAUCAUGCUUGUCUUUUUCAACACAUUUUGUGUUGCCGUCGAGUACCACGGCCAGCCGCAGUGGUUGAGCGAUUUUCUUUAUUAUGCUGAGUAUGUUUUCUUGGGCUUGUUUAUGUCAGAGAUGUUCAUAAAAAUGUACGCUCUGGGCCCAAGAAUAUAUUUUGAAUCAGCCUUCAACCGUUUCGACUGUGUUGUAAUAUCAGGGUCCAUUUUCGAGGUCAUCUGGUCUGAGGUGAAGGGUGGCUCUUUUGGUCUUUCAGUACUGAGAGCUCUCAGACUGCUCAGGAUAUUUAAGGUUACGAAGUAUUGGUCCUCGCUACGAAACCUCGUCAUCUCUCUGCUCAACUCGAUGCGAUCCAUCAUUUCUCUGUUGUUUCUUCUCUUCUUGUUCAUUCUUAUAUUCGCGCUGCUCGGAAUGCAGCUAUUCGGUGGUCAGUUUAACUUUGAAAACGGCACUCCUCCGGCGAACUUUAACACUUUUCCGAUAGCACUCUUAACAGUAUUUCAAAUAUUAACCGGUGAAGACUGGAACGAAGUAAUGUAUAAUGGCAUCGACGCGUCAGGAGGACCAAAUAGGGGAGGAAUGGUCUACUCGCUCUAUUUCAUUAUACUUAUGCUCUUCGGUAAUUACACUCUGCUCAACGUGUUCUUGGCUAUCGCCGUCGAUAAUUUGGCGAACGCUCAGGAACUAACUGCGGCUGAGGAAGAACAAGCCGAAGAGAACAAAGAAAAACAAGCAUUGGAACUGGAGAAAGAGAUGGAAUCGUUGACCAUGGAGGGAUCAAACCCCCGUGUCGAGGUCUGUCCUCCCAGUCCAAUCAGGUCGAGGAAGAAGAAAGAAGAAAAGCCUCCUGAGGAGGAAGAAGAGAUUGUUGGCCCGAAACCUAUGCUGCCAUAUACUAGCAUGUUUAUACUCUCAUCUACAAAUCCUGUAAGAAGAUGUGCACAUUGGAUAGUGAAUCUGAGAUAUUUCGAUUUCUUUAUUAUGGUUGUCAUCUGCCUUAGUUCGAUGGCAUUGGCCGCUGAAGAUCCAGUGGAUGAGAAGUCAUUUCGUAAUAGUAUAUUAGAUAAAUUCGAUUACGCCUUCACGGGAGUAUUCGCCGUGGAGAUGUUCCUGAAGAUUGUCGAUCUUGGUGUCAUACUACAUCCGGGCUCGUAUCUUAGGGAGUUUUGGAACAUCAUGGACGCCGUCGUGGUGAUCUGUGCUUUAGUCUCCAUGGGAUUUGAUUUUGCGCAAAGUUCUGCGGGUGCCAACUUGUCCACCAUCAAAUCUCUGCGAGUGCUUCGGGUGUUAAGACCUUUAAAAACAAUUAAACGAGUGCCCAAAUUAAAAGCAGUGUUCGACUGUUUAGUGAACUCAUUAAAAAAUGUGAUAAACAUUCUUAUAGUGUAUAUAUUAUUCCACUUUAUAUUUGCUGUGAUCGCCGUUCAGUUGUUCAACGGAAAAUUUUUUCAUUGUACUGAUGCUAGUAAAUUUACGGAAUCCACGUGCCAGGGUCAGUAUUUUGUAUAUGAAGAAGACAGUGAUGUGCCUCGUGUAGAACCUCGAGUGUGGAGUGUACAAAAGUUCCAUUACGAUGAUGUAGCAAUGGCUAUGUUGACUCUAUUUGCUGUGCAAACGGGGGAAGGCUGGCCGACGGUUCUUCAAAAUUCAAUGGCUGCCACUUAUGAAGAUCAAGGCCCUAUACAAAAUUUUCGUAUAGAAAUGUCCAUUUUCUACAUUGUAUAUUUUGUAGUGUUUCCUUUUUUCUUUGUAAAUAUAUUCGUAGCCUUGAUCAUUAUAACCUUUCAAGAACAGGGUGAAGCUGAACUACAAAGUGGUGAAAUUGAUAAAAAUCAAAAAUCUUGUAUCGAUUUUACAAUACAAGCACGUCCAUUAGAAAGAUACAUGCCAAAUAAAAGAAAUAGCUUCAAAUAUAAAAUUUGGAGGAUAGUUGUUUCUACGCCAUUCGAAUAUCUCAUCAUGAUGUUAAUUGUUUUUAAUACGUUAUUGCUUAUGAUGAAGUACCACGAGUCUCCGCCCUUGUUGUCCGACAUCCUGGCGGCAAUGAAUAUACUCUUUACUUUUCUCUUCCUAUGUGAGACAGUCCUCAAGUUGAUCGCCUUUGGUAUUAAGAAUUUCUUCAAAGAUCCAUGGAAUACAUUUGACUUCGUGACAGUUGUGGGGAGUAUAGUUGAUGCAAUGGUGGUGGAAUUUGGUGAGAGGGCUGCCAAAAUGGCCAAAGAAAGGGAAAAUUUCAUCAACGUUGGUUUCCUGCGGUUAUUUCGUGCCGCUCGUUUAAUAAAACUUUUACGCCAAGGAUAUACAAUAAGAAUUUUGCUUUGGACUUUUGUUCAAAGCUUUAAAGCUCUUCCAUACGUCUGUCUUCUUAUUGCCAUGCUGUUUUUCAUCUAUGCUAUAAUAGGAAUGCAGGUGUUUGGAAACAUUGCGGAAUUGCCAAAUGAAUCUAUCACCCGCCAUAAUAAUUUUCGAAAUUUCAUUCAGGGACUAAUGUUAUUAUUUAGGUGCGCCACUGGCGAGAACUGGCCGAGUAUUAUGUUGUCUUGUAUUAAAAAUCAGCCAUGUGAUCCAAAUUCAGGAAAAGAACCAAAUAGUUGUGGUUCAAAUUUAGCGUAUAUGUAUUUUGUAUCUUUUAUAUUUUUUUGUUCGUUUUUGAUGUUAAAUUUAUUCGUUGCCGUCAUUAUGGAUAAUUUUGAUUAUUUAACAAGGGAUUCGUCUAUAUUAGGCGCGCAUCACUUAGAUGAGUUCGUCAGGAUAUGGGCGGAGUAUGAUCCCAAUGCAACUGGGAAAAUUCAUUACUCUGAAAUGUAUGAUAUGUUAAAAAACAUGGAUCCCCCACUGGGAUUUGGAAACAAGUGCCCAAAUAGAUUAGCAUAUAAAAAAUUAAUUAGAAUGAAUAUGCCAGUAGAUAAUGAAGGAAAAGUUAAUUUUACCACAACUUUAUUUGCUCUUAUUCGUGAAAAUCUUAAUAUUAAGAUGCGAGCAGCUGAAGAAAUGGACCAAGCUGAUGCUGAAUUAAAAGAGACAAUCAAAAACAUCUGGCCACUUCAAGCCAAAAAUAUGGUGGAUUUGCUAGUUCCCCCAAACGACCAAUUAAAUGCGGGAAAACUAACUGUCGGUAAAAUAUACGGGGGUCUCUUAAUUUUGGAAAGCUGGAGAUGUACCAGAUUCGGCCAGGUGGAGGCCCCAGGACUGCCGGGUUUUGGAAAUAGUCCUUCAACAAAUCACGCGGUGAUGGAAUUUCAAGAUGUGCUUGGUUCACGAAGACCUUCCUGUGAUAGCGUAGGUGACCAGCAACAUCUUCAUCCAGGAUUUGGAAAUUCACAUCGUAGAUCUCCCAGUCUAAGACGUGGAAAUUCUCCGUCCCUUCAAAGAAGCCCAUCUCCGCGUAGAAGAUACCAACCUUUGCACCACGACAUUGGUUUCUCUGAUACCGUCUCAAAUGUAGUAGAAAUUGUAAAGCACGAGCAUCAGCGGCAUCAACGAAGAUUCGUCAGAGAAUUUUCGGCGCUAGGUUCCUGGUCGGCGUCUACAAGCCCCGCCCGAUCGCCUUCGCCUAGCGGCGGCGCUGGCCGCCACAACUCCCGGUACGGCCCUAUGCGAACGUCGACGCGACGCCACUACGGAACCACUAGUCUUUGUCAGCGGUCCAGGUCGCCUAGUCCGACACACCCUUUACCCCAACCCCAAGGACCUCCCGCUAUAGAUGUGUUCACAGCGGGCGCAGUGGUGGGCAUCCCAAUGCCGCAGAGUGCCGCCCACCAGGGAAGCGUGCAGCACAGCCACCCGCUGUUGGGUGGGCGCCGCGGCCAAGGCCGACGCCUGCCUCCCACACCGUGCAAGCCUUCCACUCUCCAGCUUCGACCGGGUACUAUUAACUUCCCCAAAUUGAAUGCCUCCCCCACGCAUCAGCUGCAAACCCAGUCGGCCCACGCAACUCCGCACACCAUGCCGCACAACUUCCACCGCGAGAGGGAGCCGCUGCGCGAGAUCGUGCCGGCAUCCGUCACUGCACCCCCACCCCUUACGGCGGCGAACACUCAGCCGGGCGCCGCUCCUCCGCGGGACUCAAACCAGACGCCGCUCAGCUUCGAGCAGGCGGUGGCACUAGGUCGAGGUGGUAGGAUGCUGCCCAGUCCAGUGCCGAACGGUUACAAACCGAAACCUACCAGGUCGCGGCAUUCUGAUUCCGAUGACGACGACUGGUGCUAGCACAGGGAGAACGCCCGCGACUGAGUCGGAACAGAGGCGGGCGCACUUAGGAUGGGAACGAUGUUGACCUUGGAGGGGAAUUGUCGGAGCCGCGUUGAGUUUGAGUUGAGUGCAAGCGCGCGAAACCGUUUCAUGGGAACGGGCCUUAAAAUGUUGUUAAAGAGGGUUUUUGUCUUUAUCGUUAUUUGUUGCUAUUAGAGACGAAAAAUCUAACCAAAUGUACAGACUGAGUCGCAGUUAUUGUUCGACACCAUUUAUUUCCUAAACCACAAGCGAAGCUGUUUAACAAUAAUUUCAUUAAAAUUACAUUCAGCUAUUAAUAAUUUUUAUGUUGCAGUCACUAUUUAAUACAUUUUCUAUAUAAUUUGAAUUCUAUUAUUACAUUUUACUAUAAUUAUUACUUAUUCGCUCAAAUUUCUGAGUUUAUUUAGUAGUAAAUUUAACGUUAAUCCAAAUGUUUCUUCUAUAAAUAAUUUUUAGUAAAUAUCGAUGAGAUUUUAUGUAUUCAUAUUGGACUACAAAUAAGGUGAGAAGGUUAAACUUGCAGUGGGGAUUAGGAAUUGUGUUAAUAGUGACUGCAUAUUUAAAAUGUGAGAUAACAUUUUUGUAAUUAAUAACAAAUAUUAUGUUAACAUGGUUUAGUGAAACUGAGUGGCUACAGAAUAAUAAUUUUCUCAAGUCAGCUCAAUUUCGUCGAAUUUCUCCACUUAUAAUAUCGUUUUUGACCAUGUGCGACACGAGCGCAGGACUUGGCGUUCUCGUUCACGAUUGUGCGACAAAUUUAAAGACAGUUUCACAUGUUAUUAAACAAAAGUUAACUGGCCUUUCAGGAAUUGAAUAUUUAAAACUGAGACAUUAAAAUAAUGUGUGUUGUCGUUUGCGCGACCACUGAUGGACACAUAGAACUCGUACGUUUGGACAUUUUAAUUAAAUUUUGUAACUACUGCCAAUAAUUAUAUUUACUACCAUAACCUUUGUGUUACCCUUUAAGGUGAUGUGCGAGCUGCUGAUUCGUAUACAUGUAAAUAACUAAUAAUGAUUGGUAGUUUUGAAUUUUACAUAAAUGUUAUUUAUACCAAACCAUAUUAUUCUGAUAAAAUAAUUAUAAUUCUUCCCUAAAGUGCUUUAAAUCACUAAAUUUACGAAACAUACUUGUUACAUCAAUUGUAAUUUGAAUUGUUGUCUUAAUUUUUGGGUGAUGACUUAGGGCACUUCUAACAUAAAAGUAAAAAUAAUAAAAAUUAAGAUUUUACUUAAAUAAAACUUAAAAUUUUAUUUCAAUUUAUAUAUUUAGUUUCAUUGACUAACUUUAAAAAAUGUUUAUAAAUUUUAAAUAAAAUUAUUAUUUAUUAAUUUUUUAAUUAUUAUAUCUUCAAAAUAGACGUUUGUAAAAUAUUUUUAUAUUAGAGUUGCCUUUUGCCACAUCCUAAUUUUAAUGUUAUUAGUUGUAACAUUAUUUCUGUGAUAUGAGCACUGUCGUGUUGUCGUGGGGCAGUUAAUCUCACGUCUCCUGCGUUCGAGUUUAUAUGUUUUUGUUCGAACAUACCAUCUUAAACUAAUGUACACUACAUCUUUAGACUUUUAACAAUUUUGAUGGGGUCACCCUUCUCAUCUAGUUUAUUAAAAAGGAUGCCUUAUAACUUUAAAACAAAAGUCUACGCAGACAUAUUAAUUUGUGAAAAUUGUGUAGCUGACCUGUAUUAAACAUUUUUAAAAUAAUUUUGUGGCAACAAAACUUAACCUUCCCAAUGGACGUAUUCUUUCAUUAAAUUCAAUGGUCGGAAAUAUAGUACCGUAUUAUUACAAUAAAGAGUGUCUUAACUUUAAAAUUGUACUGCAUAUGAAACUCGGUUUUAAUCAAAUUUCAGUUGAGGGUCUUCCAAUUUAUUUUAUCAUUUCCCAGACUCCAAGAUUUAUUUUUGCGACAGUGUGUACAUAAACUCUAAGCGAAUGUAACAAAAAUUAGAUCUAGUGUAAGAAGAUUCACAAAAUCAAAAACAUACAAAGACACUCAGGGUAUCAUUUCUGCUACGUUUGUCAUUGAAUUUUAUGUAGAAUACACCUUACCAUCAUCUAAAAUCAAAGACUCGUUACUGGAAUAUAAAUCAACAAUUCUUCCAAAGAAUUCCAUUUCCGCCCGUGGAGAAAUGUCUGAAGGUUAAAUUUGGUUUGUAUGACAUCAAUGUAAAACUUUUAUAUGCUAAUUUAGGCUAAUGUGGAUAUUAUUUCGAACGUAAAUGUACUUUGUCUAGUUGAUUCUACUUACAUGGUUAAACUGUUUUUAAUAUAAAAAGUUUAUGUAUAAAAUAUAUCUAUUUAAAGCAUUUUAAAGAAUACGCUAGACGAGUACUUUACAUUGAUUUAUUCUAUAUAUAAUGAUUAUAUAACGUGGUUAUCACAUAACAUCAAGUAUUGUCAUUGAAGACAAACCUACCCUUGGAGGCCGAUUCCUUAAGAAGAAAAGGAGGCAAGAUUGAAAUACUAACCUGUGUUAGUGUGGUAAAUAUAAAAAAUAUAUAUUUACAGUCUCUUUAAAUUUUGUGUUUUCUUAGUUGGUAUAUUGAAAGCCAAAAAAAUACUGCCAUAGCAAAAUUUAUGUUUGAAUAUGUUAAGGGCGGUUCAAAGUAACAAUUAUGAUUUCAAUUUACUUGUUUUUGUAUAAUAAGACCCAAAAUCCAUGUUCCGGGUUAUAUAGUUAUCAAGUUAUCGUAAAUACGUAGAAGCUAACUUUUGUAGGACCAAAUAAUAUAACCCCAAUGUAACCACCGUGGUUGACCUUGCCUCGUUUUCUUCCCGUUGUUUUUAUUAUUAACAUUAAUUGAUAUUUCUGCCAAUUCUACAAAAAUGCGGGUCUCGUAUUAAUAAAAUAAUUCUGUAGUUUAGGUCAUAGCUUAGAUAUGAGAAUGUGCGUGCGAAGUUCAUAUACAUGUGUGUUGUUCGAACGAGUGAAUGAUUGUUUAAAAAACGGUAUGCUUGAGUGACAGUUUGGACAUCGAGAGACAUUUCUUGAAUUAUUGUUUUAAUGAAAUUGUUUGUAUAAAUAGCUACAGUCCAAAUUUUAUAUUUAAACUUAUAUAAAGUCCAUAUAUAAAUUGAGAUGUCUUUUGCUGUUCGCUGAGCCGAAGUUAUUUCAGAGGUGGUGCUAUUAAAAACUGUUAAUAAAGUAAAUAAAGUAUUAUCUUGUUAUAUACAUACCUAGGAGCAUAAUUUAUCUCUAGAUAGUAAGAAAUUGUCGGCAUCACCUUUGAAAUUGGUUAAUGUACAUAUAAAUUUAUACAUCUUUUUCGUAAUUAUGUUAUUGAACGUUUAUGUAUUUAUCCAUCAGUUAGACUUUGCAUUAGUGUUAAUAAUAAUCGCUUUAAAGCCCAUUUUUUAAUGAAAAUUGUGAAUAAAUAAUAAUAUGCUA